CAGCUAGUGAAAACGAUAUUGGAUAUUGGAUAGUAAGCGCACAGUUUCAAAAUGGACAAAAAAAUGGACAAAAAGUCGGAUAAAAUCGUACCUCGCAAGCAAAUGGGAAUUAGACAGGCAAGAGAAGACUCAGACAGGCCAUUUUUCCCUACUGGUAGAGAUGGUAAUAUUAUUCCAGGAACAUACAAAACACCAGUUGGAGAGGUAAGAAUUAAGAAGAUAGAACCACCGAAAAGUUUUGAUGUUAUUUCUCUUGCCCGUUCGAUGAAUGAAGAUUUUGCCGCAAAGACGAAACAACUUUUCAAUCCAGAAGUAGAAGCUGUGAGAGAAGCUAUUAGGACAGGUACAUAUAUUGCCUAUAGACCGACUGAUAAACCAUGGGAUCAACAAGAUUGUCAACGUGUCUGUUCUACAUCACGAUGUUUUUGUGGUCAUUUAUUAAAUCUGCAUGAAACAUUCACUGGGAAACAAUUAUCAUUAAAAUGUCAACAGGCUGGUUGUAUCUGUAAAGGAUUUAAAUUUAUACCCAGUAGACCAGAAGAAGUUGGUGAAUAUUGGCUAGUGAAAAGAAGAGAUUUUGAUCGUAAUACUUAUCGCGUCAAAUGUAAAUGUAAGCAUACACAUGAAGAGCAUGUAGCUGAUCCAACACCAUAUCGAUGUAAUGCUAAAGGAUGUGGUUGUUUAGGCUUUUCAUCCGCUUUCCUAUGUGCAGCAUGUGAUAAACACUGGAAUGAACAUCAGACAGUUAUUGAAACUGAAAGUGAACGUAAAGCUCAAGGACGUCCUGUGGGUGAGGCAUGGUUCCCAUUUGCUGAAUUACCUGAAUUAGCUAAAAUUGCUUUAACUGGUAUUGACAAUCCAGAUAUUCAAACAUUGGCUGAUGCUUUACCGCCAGAAACUCGUCAAAAUUUCCUAGAACAACAAGAGCAACAACAACAACAGCUGCAGCAGCCGAAGAAUCAACGUGCUUUACCUGAUCCAAAAUCUAGAAGAUAAUGACAACAGCUUAGAAUUUCAGCAUAUUGCUGACCUGAUUCCUCGUUGUUUUUGGUUUUUUUUGUGGCUUAUUUUUUGGUUUUAUGUUUCCUCAGCUCCAUUUUUACAAAUUGUAUGUCUUUCUUGUCCUUUUAUCUAGUGAUAAUUAAUUAUAGAUUUAUUUAUUUGUUUGUUUAUUAAUUUUUAUUUUUUCGAAGAAUUAACUUUUUGUCAGUUUCUUCUAUAAAUAUUGAUUUUAUUCACAUCAUAUUAUCCAUCUUCCUUGCUAUGAAUAUAAUCACCGUUGUUAUAAUCAUCAGUAUCGUUGAAAUCGUCGCCUACAGUUCCAUCAUCAACAUCGUCAUCAUUGUAAUUCUCCCUCAGUUAGUCAAUCGAAACUCUGACAAUUUGACUAUAAAUCAAUAAAUAGUUGAGUAAUAAAAUUGAAUGCAGAAUUACACAAAUCAGAUAAUUUUCUUAAAAUACAAAUAUGCACAGAUUGUGAGUCAGUUUCAUUCCUUUUUAAAAGUGAAAGGAAUGAGAGAGAAAGAGUGAGGUAGAGAGACACAGAGCCUACUCUCUUACUCAUCUUAUUUUAUUAUGCGUAUGUAUUUUUGUCAUUAUUUUACUCAAUUCUCAUUUCCCUAGUGUAUUUUUGUGUUCUUGUUCUUGUUGCUGGUUUUAGUUUAUUUCUCACUAUAGAAAAGUGCAUUUUUUCUAAGUUUAUUUCAGGUGGGAUUUCUAUUUUCACUUUACUAAAAUAAAGAAAGAAAAACCAAAAUGAAUACAUUUUAGAAUUUCAAGUUUCAAUAUGUAAAAUCAUAAUAGUAUUAGUAAUAAUAAUAAAGAGUAAUAAAAGAAUAUAUACAAAUAUUUACGUAACC